AGGCAACCAAGCAAAGGCAACAGCAAUUCAUCGUGUUGCUGUCAGUUUCAAUAAACAAGCUUGGUUUGUAAAUUGAACUUCGAAGUAGCUGCUUGCCGAUCCGCUGAUGUACUUUGCGGAUUUUCUACAACAGAAGAUGUGAUCAGUUGGCAUCCACGUAGAGUCACUCAUCAACCAAAGACGUAGACCAGGAAGAGGUCCCAACCGCGCCUAUCUAUUUGAGAUAAGUCUAAGUUUUGCCGGACAGAGAACUCUCGUCACUCGAUGGCCAUCUUUGAUCUAGUCUCCACGGCACUCGUGGUAACUACAGUUCUCGGUGGGACCUUGGCUAGUAGGGAGGACCCAGCCAAGUACACCACCCCGGAGUCACAUCCAUUCCAAGCUUCCUGCAAAGUGACCUGGUCUUUCGGAACAGGCUGUGAUGCGGUUAGCGAAAAGCUAGUGGAGCGCAUGACUGCCAUGCAGCACUGCACCACCAAUCCCGCAGCAGUGUGUACAUUCUCGGACAUCAGUAUAGAGGAGAGCAUGAGCGAUGGAAUAAUGAUCACCGCACAGUUUGCCUCGGCACUGACAAACUACGUAGAGGACAUCACAGUCAAGCUCUAUUCACCCUUCCAAACACCUAAGUACAGAUGCACAGGCACGGGCUACUCCGCAGCAAGACGUUUCUACACUCACAGUGAUCAUGGUGGUAACUACUGCACACUGUAUGACUUGAUCAAAGAUGACUUUGCCGAGCAGUAUGGCUUUGUCAUGCAUACCGACCCAGCAACAUGCACUGGUUACACUGACGGCAAGGACAGAACCAACCCAAAAACCUACUGCUCCUAAGCAGGAGCCUACCGCAUACGCAUUGCUGUUGGUGAACCGAUCACCCCCGAGAAUUGAGUUGCUUUAUGAUGUCAGCAAACGGAACUGAAUGACAUCAUAAAAGGUCAUGAUGAGGUCAUCAUUUGACACCCUUGAAGACUCUGUACAUUAUUAGCAACCUGGCCUGUAUUGAGAAAACUACUUGUAUCCACAAUGGCAUUGUAUUCUUAUCACAUGCGACAACAUUCUCAAUUGACAUGAAACCCCGUAAGUCCAUCCACGUUCAAAGCUCUUUCAAUGCAGCUUCUUGAAUUCAUCCUGCAGCAAUAUAUGGAUAGCUAUUAUGAUCACUGUAAUGCAUUACAUCAAAGCCAUAAUAUGAGUCAGUAUAUUCCCAUCCCACUCAUGUUCAUAGAUUCUCUGUAACACAUGAUAUGAAUAGCUGGAAUGCAAACCCGACAAAUCCAUUUCAUCUCUUUUCGAAUAAUGGCCAAGAAAGGAUACAUUU